AUGAGAAACGAAAAGAAGAAGAAAGCUCCCACGCUUCACUACUUCAAUGAAGACCCUCUCAUCCCUCUCAAUCGCCUCCACAUCCUCCUCUGCGCCACCGCCAUCGCCGCCCUCCUCCACCGCCAUCUCUUCUCCAUUCUCUCCUCCCCCACCCCCAUCUCCUCCUCCCUCCUUCUCCUCUCCGACGUCCUCCUCUCUUUCAUGUGGGCCGUCACUCAGUCCUUCCGCUGGCGCCCAAUCCACCGCGGCGAGCACCCCGAAACCCUCGCCCUCGCCGUCCCCGAUCCUCUCCUCCCCAACCUCGACGUCUUCAUCUGCACCGCCGAUCCCUCCAAGGAGCCGCCGAUCUGCGUCGCUAGCGCCGCCCUCUCCGCUCUCGCCUUCGACUACCCUUCCGAUAAGCUCUCCGUCUUCGUCUCCGAUGAUGGCUGCUCCGACCUCACUCUCUUCGCCUUCAUGGAGGCCGCUCGAUUCGCUCGCCAUUGGCUUCCUUUCUGCAAGGAGAUGUGCGUUCUGGAGCGCUGUCCCGAGACCUUCUUCAACUCCACCGAUGAUCCCCGCUCCGACGAGAUCAAGUUGUUGUACCAAAGAAUGAAAAAGAAGAUUGAAAGUGUGAUGGAGAAAGGUCAAGUUAGUGAUGAUCUAUUUAUCUCUGAAGAGGAUCGUGCAAUCUUCAAAAAGUGGAAAAACUUCACUCGCAGCAACCACCCUGCAGUUAUUCAGGUGUUGCUACAAAGCUCAAGAGACAUGGACAUCAUGGGUAAUCCAUUGCCAAAUCUGGUGUAUGUAUCUAGGGAGAAGAGCAGCACUUCUUUUCACCACUUCAAGGCUGGGGCUCUAAAUGCUUUGCUUCGUGUUUCUGGUGUUAUGAGUAAUGCUCCGGUUAUCCUCACAAUGGACUGUGACAUGCAUUGCAAUGAUCCCGGUGCUCCCCGAAGAGCAAUGUGCUACUUUUUGGACCCUGAACUGUCACCAAAACUGGCAUAUGUUCAGUUUCCGCAACGUUUUCCCGGGGUGAACAAAAAUGAUAUUUAUGGUGGUGAGAUCAAGAGGCUCUACCAAAUCAAUCCCCGAGGAAUGGAUGGUCUCAAAGGUCCUAACUAUGUUGGCACUGGAUGUUUUCACUCUAGACGUUCAUUUUAUGGUCCUCCAUCUUCACCACCAUCACUGCUUAAUGAUCUCAAUGAGCAGACAUCUGAUACUCCAUUGAGCUCAGAAGCAAUUCUCAGGAAAGCACAUGAAGUUGCAAGCUGCAAAUAUGAGGAUGGCACAAAAUGGGGCUCCACGAUUGGCAUGAGAUAUGGAUCAAUGUCGGAGGAUUAUCAUACCGGCUACCGGUUGCACUGUGAAGGGUGGGAGUCAGUUUUCUGUGACCCCGAAAGGCCAGCAUUCUUCUGCAAAAUUCCAAUCACCCUCAAUGACGUACUUAGCCAGAACAAGAGAUGGUGUUUGGGUGUCUUGGAGGUGUUCUUCUCUAAGCACAGCCCCAUGAUUUUUGGAGUCAGGAAAGUAUCCUUUCUUAUGGGUCUCUGCUAUUCAUAUGAUGGCUUCUGGACUAGUUGGUGCAUUCCUAUCUUAAUCUAUGGUCUUCUCCCUCAGCUAGCUCUCACCAAUCAAAUUCCUCUGUUCCCAAAGGUUUCUGAUCCAUGGUUCUACUUGUAUGCUUACCUCUUCUUGUCUGCCUAUUGCCAAGACCUCAUUGAUUUCCUUGCAUCAAAAGGGACAUUCAACAGAUGGUGGAGUGAUCAAAGAAUGUGGUUGAUCAGAGGCAUCACAUCCUAUCCGUUUGGAGCCACCCAAUUUGCACUAAAACAAAUCGGCAUCCCCGCACCAGGAUUCAAUGUGACUAGCAAAAUCAUGCCAGAUGAAGUCAGCAAAAGAUACAAAGAUGGUAUAUUCGAAUUCGGUAUCGUAUCACCUUUCUUCGUAUCACUAGGGACUGUGGCCAUUAUUAACAUGUUUUCCUUGAUCAUUGGAAUGGCAAAUGCUGUGAGAAAGGAGAGAAGCUUUGAUGAAAUGUUUGUGCAGCUCUUCUUAUCUGCAUUUGUGGUGGUGAAUUCUUGGCCAAUCUAUGAAGCAAUGUUCUUGAGAAAAGAUGGGGGUAGGAUACCAAGGAGAGUCACAGGUAUCUCAAUUCUUUUAGCAGGAAUUCUCUAUUCCAUUUCUUAUUUCUUAUUUCUUGUAUACUGAUUCUAGAAUUUAAUGCCAUUUCUUAGUGAUCGUUUAAGUGUUA